UUUUUUCAAUUGCGUAAUUUUGCUGCUAAUCGAACCGCCUGCUGCCACGGAUCUUCGCCCUUUACUUCACCUUUGCCUUUUUCCUAAGCCUCUCUUAAUCCCAAAAACCACUCAAAAUUUCUCGGGUUCAAACUUUGGUUCCGAUUUGGAGUCAUCCGGUUUAAGGAACCAGUUCCGUAUUGGACUCAGUUACCCGACUCCCUGGACUCACGAGUCGUCGAUGACCGGUUAUCGGACAUACCGAUCAUCUGGCUUUUGCAUUUUUGCGUUAGAGAACCCGCACCUUGGUAUUUUCGCAGUAACGGCGAACGGUCGCCGUGUUUGUCGCAAAAUUUUAGGUGUCUCAAAUCGAUAUUUUUUACAGAAAUCCCCGAAAAACUCAAAAACUGAAUUAAAUACUGGCCAAAUGGACGCUUUACAAGACGAGGUGGAGUCGCUGGAGGCAAUCCUCAUGGAAGAUGUUUGCAUCAAACGCACGCCCAGCGGAGGGGUGGAUCUGAUCGAGACGACGGUGCUGCCGUUGACCGGCGAGGAGGAGGAGCAGCAGUACGUGUGCGUCACCUUGCAGGUGUACCCGACGCCUGGUUAUCCGGAUGCGAGUCCCACAUUCAAGCUGCUGCGUCCGCGGGGACUGGACGACGCCCGGCUGGAGGCCAUCAGGAGCGCCUGCAACGCCAAGAUCAAGGAGUCGCUGGGCUUUCCGGUCGUGUUCGACCUAAUCGAGGUGGUACGCGAUCAUUUGACCGGCAGCAACCUGCCCAGCGGCCAGUGCGUGGUCUGUCUGUAUGGAUUUGCCGAGGGCGAUGAGUUCACCCGCACCGAGUGCUUCCACUACCUGCACAGCUACUGUCUGGCCCGCCACUUGAACGCCCUGAGGCGUAACUACCAGGAGGAGUUCGACAAGCUGCCCAAUUGGCUGCAAAAGACCGCCGAUCCCUUCCAGGCCCUGUGCCCCGUCUGCCGGGAGCACAUCGGCGACGAUUCCGACAGUCUUAAGUGCGCCAUGCCGCCGUCGGAGCUGACCAAUGCCCCCGACUUUAAGGUGACCGAGGAGCUGCGCCAGAUGCAGCAGCGUAUGUCGCAGCUGUAUUUGCAGCAGAAGAGCCGUGGCGCGAUCAUCGACGUAAAAACCGAUGGAGCUGCCGUGAUCUCCAUUGAGACCGAAGAGGAUAUACGUCGCCGUAGGCGUCGCGAGGAGGCGGAGGCUGCACGGAAGCUGGAGGGCCCUUCCAAGGAGGAGGUUGCCAAACCCACCACUAGCACAACCACCACCUUUGCGCCCGUGGUUCAGGAGACACAACGCAUCACGCCGGAGCCGACCAACAACAACUAUCAGCACCACAAUCGACGGCACUAUCGUGGCGGAAGGCGUCACCACCACCAUCAUCAGCACGGCCAUCAUCGGGCUGAUCGCGAUCGCGACCAGAACUCUGGAGCAGGCGCAGCCCCGGCCAGCGGCGGAGGCAACACUUCAUCGAAUACAGGGACCGGCAAGCAGGCAAAGGCCCAGACAGCCAGCUCCGGACUUGCCAGGUGACGAUGGCUUCCGGAAGAGAUGGGCAGCCGGAUACCCAUUGCGCUGCCAUGCUGCUAAUAUACAAUGAAGCACCCCCAACCGCACCCCCCAGCCCGAACGGCCCAGAAUUAGUUUCGUGAGGCGCGCGCACUCAUUUCUGUGAAUUCCUACGUUCGUAUGUAUGUAUUUAUGUUUAGUUAGCUUUAGCUUUUAGCGAGCCGGGUUAGCUAAUUUCGAUUGUAAUACUUAGAGGCGAUAUUUUAGUUUGUAUCUUAACUGUAAUGAUGUAUUUGUAAUGGUUUACAAGACUUGCGGCCUUGAGCCGAAUCGAUAUUACGACGAAGAUUGAGUGAGUAGGGCGUUUGAUAGCUAGCGACAGCGAGCCUGUAUGUAUUUAGCAGCACCAACUGGCAGCGCUGGCGUUGACACCACACAGCAUUGCGAUGAUGAUCCCGGAGACUGCGACGACGAUGAUGAUAUUGAUAUCCACUUACGCAUAAUCUGCAAGCAGCACCUUGAAGUUUAGCAUAAAUAUAUGUAGAUCCCUCUCUGGCAGCCAGCAGCACAAAAGGAAACGUAGAACCCAGCUUAAGCGGCAUUUCUAGUCAGUGAAUGGAGAGGAGCCCGACAUACAGGGCGUUUGCAUUAGCAUGCACACACAUAUUUAAUAACUAUCACAGUUAAUUGAGUGUCUCUGUGUAGGAAAACCAAGUAGAGAUCGAACCGUACUAUAUCGAAAAUUCAAUUUCAAUGUGUCAAAUAAUGAAUACUACUAUUGAGAAAACUUUAAUAAAAACGUAAAUCGAAUUUGGAA